CUCUCGCAACAACGUGAUCAUUCCAGUUUGGGAAAUCAUCGGUAUCUAUAGCGUUCGCGAACUCUCUCUAGACCCAAAUGGGACACGGCGUCUUCGCUAUUGUGCUUUUGUCUACAUCAGUCGUGACCGUUUUCGGUCAGCAGUAUAUUCGGCUUCCAACCAGUUACGUUAACCAGCAGUUGGUGAGGCCUGAAGCUAAAUCUAUUCAAGUGUGGAACGCCUCUGUCUGUGCAAGCGUAUCAAAAACCUACCACGGUUAUGUGGUGAUGGUAGACAUCAAUUUGCCGGAAAACCUUAAGUGGAAUCCUCUGCUAGGUGUUGUCUACGCAACAGUUUCUAAUGGCACUAGCAUUACUCCCACAACUCCUGUAUUUUGCCAGAAUUAUGAGGCGGACACUGCAAAGAGCAGCUGCAACUAUCUCUACGACGAGGCAAUGGGACCAAACAUCAUUGUGACAGUAAGAGCAGGCGAUUCUUCUCACAUCCAGUAUUCGCUUGGUGUAUCAUUUGUGAACAAAACCACACAGUUGGCAUCAGCCAAGAAGACAAUACUCUCUCCAGAAGAAACGAAAAAAAUGUAUGAGAUUUUGGCCCUUCCUGUGAAAUCAGCCGUAGCGGUUGUGAAUCUUGUACCCAUGAUUCGUUUGGACACGCCAGGUGUUGUAGAUACGCUUGGUGUUGCUCUCUACACGUUUAAUGUCUGUCCUUCUCAAGCAAUUGGAUCUACUUUCACAAUUGAAAUUGUGGUUGUUGGCGCCCAACCCGACGAUGCUUUCUCUACGUACGCAUGCAAAGCCUUGCCAUGUACUGCAGACAACAACAAUGUUAUUAUCGCAGACAUCAGCGAUUCAUCUAUCAAUGUGGUUCAGGUUUCAUACAAUCAAAUUGCUCCAACCGGUGACGUGUUCCUGACAAUUUUUGGAUUUGGAGGAAAGGAGACUAACCAGUUUUCAUUGGGAGCGGUAGUCAGGAGCAAGUGACUCGAAAGUGAACUCUAGAUGUGCCGGGUAGUGCUCGUCUAAGCGUUUGCUAGUUAGUACGUCAUUGGUGUUUAUUUGGACAGCAAGUGUUGCAUUGUAUGGUUGUUGCUCUAGUAAUCUAGUACAUGUAUCUUAGAA